CCGCCACUUAAAAAAAAGAACGCGAAAGUUGCCUUUUUCUCGCUUAUUUCUUUUCCUUUUUGUCUUUCUCAUUGUCGAACUUCAGCAUCGUCAAGUUCAUUCAACUAUCAUGGGUCGACUUGGAACACUCGGUCUUAGUCAGGAACAACUAGAUAACCUACGAUACUACAAAUAUGCUGCUGUGGAUCGGUCGCAACUAACCAAAUACGUCCUGAGACACUAUUGGAACUGGGCUAUUACCUUGUUUCCAACAUGGAUAGCACCCAACCUGAUUACAUUAAUCGGCCUGUUCUUUAUGAUCAUCAACGUCGUAUUUAUUGCCAUCUGGUUGCCGGACCUUGGAACGGAGGGGCCAACUUGGAUUUACUUUAGUUUUGCUGCAGGCUUAUUUUUGUAUCAGACCUUUGAUAAUGUGGAUGGUCGGCAAGCUCGUCGAACAGGAACAUCGUCGCCUUUGGGAGAAUUGUUUGACCACGGUUGUGAUGCACUCAACUGCACCUAUGUGGCACUGCUGCAAGCAGCUGCACUUGGAUUAGGUCACACAAGCUCAACCUUGAUUUUGUUGGUGGUGACCGUGGUGGGCUUUUAUUUGUCCACGGCCGAAGAAUACUACACUGGUGUGCUUUACCUUGGUUACGUUAAUGGACCCACCGAAGGCAUUUUGGUCUCGUGCUUUGCGAUCCUCUGGUCAGGAUUAUUCGGUGCGGCAUCAUGGCAUAUUCCUGUGACGGAGGUUGCCAGAUUAUCCUGGAUUGCUCGGUAUCUUCCUGAAGCCACCACUUUUGCUGAUGUAUUUGUAUGGGGCAUGGUUUUCUUUUUCGUGGUUACGCAUUGCCCUGUUUGCUUGUACGCGAUUUCUUCAGCAUGUCGCGAAAAGUCUCUGAACCAACUUCGUGAAUUUGCAAGAGUACUCUUGCCCCUAUUGGCCUAUGUAGCGGCUAUUUGUCUCUGGGUUUUCUCGCCUUACUCAUCGAUCCUUGCUGAUGAGCACUUGAUUCUGUUUUCGCUAACCGUUGGUCUCGUGUUCGGCAUGAUGGCAUCUGAUAUCAUCUUGGCUCAUCUCACAAAAUCGCCGUUCCCUACCUUUAAGCGUGCAUUGAUUCCCUUGUGGAUUUGCGUCCUGAUCGUUAACAGUGGUUGUAUCUCAUCAAUUCUUGUUUUAUCUCCUGCUGUGGAAUAUGGAGGGCUAAGAGGCCUCUUUGCUGGUUAUGUGGUUGUUUAUCUCAUGUGGGUGACGGCUGUCAUUGGCGACAUUUGCGAUCAUCUGGGCAUUCGCUGCUUGGCCAUUCCUCGAGCUAACCACAACAAUCGAGCCGUACCCACUACCAUUGCUGAAACUGAAGCCGAUUCGUUACUGGUCUCCCAAGAAGAAGGUGGUCCUCAACGUUCCAAUACCCAGACCAAUCAACCUUCGUAUAACACAUUUUAGUGAAUCAAUCAAUACCUCUUAAUGUAUUUUUUUGUUGUAUUUUUUAUUUGUAUCUUUUGAUGACCCCCAUUAACUAAAAGCUUAAUUACGUUCACCCUCACAUUGGCAUUGUCGUCUUGAUAGAUGAAACAACGCUCUUGUGCAAGUACGAUCGGACAUUGCAAGAUUGAAGCGAAAGCAAACUUUUCUAGUCCCCAAAAGUCUGCUAAUGAUCUAUACAGUCACCGCUCGAUUUUGGAAUUAUCCCGGGACAGUGAUGCUGAAAUCGAAUCUUGUUUUAGCAUACGACGUAUCAUAGAAGUUAUCAUGGCG